UGUCAGUUGGGUUGUGGGCUGAGCGAAGACAGGGGCUCGUGCGCUGCCUGGAAUCUCAUCUUCACAGUCUGCUCAACACAGCGACGUCUUCUACGGUUUCUCCGAUGUUUCCAGUCUUACCGCUACUCUAUAGCAUCACUUUGGACUUCCCGACGGUGCAUUUAGAAAAAAGGGCUAACAUAUGUUUCAUCUAGCUGCUACAGGCAGCAGGAUGCCGGACUCAGCUGCCUGAGAUGUUACUGAGCUAUGAGGAUGGGUCAGGGAAGGAAGUCAAGUCGGUGAGACAAAGCAGCACACAAACCCCUGAAAACCAGCUGCCUGCCAGAGCCAUGCUUCUGCUGUCCUGAUCAUUGCCUGGUACCCCUCCCCUCUACCUGCACCUUCCCUCAGUCAAAUCAAAGUCACAGCAGCCCCUUUCACUUCCCCGGCAAUUCAGCAUGGCGACACCCUUCCUUUGGAAGCUGUCGUCUCAGAAGCUCGGCUUCUUCCUGGUGAGCUUUGGCUUCAUCUGGGGCAUGAUGUUGCUCCAUUUCACCAUCCAGCAGCGAGCCAGCCAUGAGAACAGUGCUGUGCUGCGGCAGCAGAUCCUGGAUCUCAGCAAGCGCUACAUCAAAGCACUGGCGGAGGAGAACCAAAGUGUCAUGGAUGGACCGUAUGUUGGAACAAUGACAGCUUAUGACUUGAAGAAGACCCUCGCCGUGCUGCUAGAUAACAUCAUGCUGAGGCUCGGCAAGCUGGAGUCCAAAGUGGAAAACAUUUAUAAUGGCACAGGGGGCAACCUGACCAACGGCACCAGCCCUGCCACACCCAGCGCCUCAAACUCCGAAAAAGUCAACGUGGCUGACCUUCUAAACGGAGCCCAGGAGAAGUGCGAGCUGCCUCCUCUGGAUGGUUUUCCACACUGCGAGGGCAAGCUGAAGUGGAUGAAAGAGAUGUGGCGCUCUGACUCCUGCUAUGCUAACUACGGUGUGGAUGGGUCCACCUGCUCCUUUUUCAUUUACCUCAGUGAGGUGGAGAACUGGUGUCCUCGUCUGCCCUGGAGGAUGAAGAUCCUGAAUGAUGAAAUAGAUCGGAGGGGCCAGGCGGAGAUCCGAACCAGUUUUGAGGGGCUUUACCGCUCCAUGUCACAGCGGGAGGAGUUUCGCUGGAUGAUGCUGAGGAUCCAGCGCAUGGCCGAGCCGUGGGUCAGCGCCAUCCGCUCUCUGGCUGCCAAGCAGAACCUGGCCAAACGGCGGCGGAAGAAGAUCCUGGUUCACUUAGGCCUGCUCACCAAGGAGUCGGGUUUCAAGAUAGCAGAAAAUGCCUUCAGUGGCGGCCCAUUGGGGGAGCUGGUCCAGUGGAGCGAUCUCAUAACCACGCUGUACCUGCUGGGUCAUGAUGUCCGCAUCUCUGCUUCACUGGCUGAGCUCAAAGAGAUCAUGCGCAAAGUGAUGGGGAACAAAUCCAGCUGCCCCACCCAGGGCGAUAAGAUAGUGGAGCUCAUAUACAUCGACAUCGUGGGUCUGACCCAGUUUAAGAAGACACUGGGGCCUUCCUGGGUCCACUACCAGUGCAUGCUGCGGGUGCUGGAUUCAUUUGGGACUGAGCCUGAGUUCAACCACGCCCACUACGCCCAGUCCAAAGGACACAAGACGCCGUGGGGGAAGUGGAACCUCAACCCGCAGCAGUUCAACACUAUGUUCCCUCACACCCCAGACAAUAGCUUUCUGGGCUUUGUUGUGGAGCAGCACCUCAACGCCAGCGACAUCAAGCACAUCGAUGACAUCAAGAGGCAGAACCAGUCACUCGUUUAUGGAAAAGUUGACAACUUCUGGAAGGACAAGAAGAAAUACCUCGACAUCAUCCACAGUUACACGGAGGUUCACGGCACCGUGCACGGCACCAGCACCGUGCACCUCCCAAGCUACGUGAAGAACCACGGCAUCCUGAGCGGCCGAGACCUGCAAUUCCUACUGCGAGAAACCAAGUUGUUUGUGGGUCUUUCAUUCCCGUACGAGGGUCCUGCCCCCUUGGAGGCCAUCGCCAAUGGCUGCGCCUUCCUCAACCCGAAAUUCAACCCUCCAAAAAGCAGCAAGAACACCGACUUCUUCAAAGGCAAACCUACUCUGAGAGAGCUGACCUCUCAGCAUCCGUACGCGGAGGUGUACAUCGGUCAGCCGCACGUGUGGACGGUGGACAUCGAGAACUCUGCUGAGGUGGAGAGGGCCAUCCGCUCCAUCCUCAGCCAGAAGAUUGAGCCGUACCUGCCCUACGAGUUCACCUGUGAAGGGAUGCUGCAGAGAGUAAACGCUUUCAUUGAGAACCAGGACUUCUGUCACGGCCAGGUCAUGUGGCCUCCCCUCAGCACCCUGCAGGUCAGACUGGCCGAACCCGGACGCUCGUGCAAGCAGGUGUGUCAGGAGGAGCAGCUCAUCUGCGAGCCCUCGUUCUUCCAGCACCUCAACAAGGACAAGGACCUGGCCAGGUUUGGUGUGGACUGUCAGACGGUGGAGUCGAGCGCCGACACGGUGGUCCCAGCCUACAGCGAAACCCGCCACCACUGCAUCUUCCAGUCAGACCUGCUGCUCUUCAGCUGCGCCGGCGCCCACCAGACGCUGCGCCGCAUCUGCCCCUGCCGCGACUACAUGAAGGGUCAGGUGGCGCUCUGCAAGGACUGCCUAUAGCACCAGGAUAUACGCUGACGAAGCGCAGAGAGGAGGGAGGGGCGGUCAUUCCAGUCUCACAGCUGUCAAUCAAAUUCACACAGCAAACAGAAGGAAAAGAAACACACUGAUGGGACUGUGUUUGCUCUUCAUAUUUAUUGUUUCCCCUCAGCUGCAUCUGUCAACCCUUGCAUCCACCAGCAGGGGGCGCCAUGAGUCCAGCUGGGUGAAAUUACUUGAAUCAACAAAGGGAGUGGUGUUAGACUUUAAACUGACAGCAGAUGAGCUCUGAGCUGCCGCCUGGCUGGACUGCACAUAUCAGUGACUGCCUGCCCGUCUAACGCUCCCUCCUGACCGCCACCACCCGUCCAUCCACCCUAAUCUGAAACUGUUACUCUUUAGGUAGGUUUGCACUGGACUUGCACGCCUCAAGGCCCACACACACAAACACACACACACAUAAACACACACAAACAUACAAGAAGAACCCAGUUUACACUGUAACUAUCUUGUUCCUCUCCUCUGCACAACAGACGAGUGCCGACAAGUGAAGUAGAAAUCUAGAUUUUUAUUCUGGGAGUUUAAUCUUUUCCUGAAAUAACCCGUCUAUGGAGCCACGAUAGAGACACAAGUUUUGUAACUUUAUAUUUGAAACUGACAAGUACAGGAACAAAUCGAAUCUAAAAAUACAGAUUUAUAAUGCAAGUCUGAAAAGACAAGUCAAUUUUACAAGUCCCAAAAAAGCAAGUCAGUUUUACAAGUCAGAAAAACAAAUUAAAGUCAGAAAAAAACUAGUCAAUUUUACAAGCCUAAAACUAGAAGUCAAUUUUAUUAGUCAGAACGUACGGAUCAGCUUCACAAGUAAACAUUGUACUUUGUCUCGCAUACGAAAGAACCAGUCAAAUUUUUCAAAUUCUUAACCAAUCACGGAAAGAGGAGGGUGGAGAUCCUCCACAACCAAACUUUGUGUCGUGUGGAGAAGUACUGCUACGACUUUCUGACCAAGGCCAGUGCAGCUGUCCCUGAAGAUAAGUUGGUUAAUAGAAACUCAAAAUGUUUCCUUCUGGAGAUGGAAACACAUCUCUACUAUCAGCUAAUUCAGCUAAGGCUUUUAAAAUCUUUCGUUUAGCCAUAAACAGACUUGCCUUUAGGGGUUUAUCACGGUUGUACCGGCCUCUGUAAGCUCCCUCAAUCAUUGGUUAGGAAGAGAAAUCUGACUGGUUGUUGAGUAGGUGUGUAAAAUAUAGGACAAAUACUUUGUACUUGUGAAACUGACUUGUAUUUUCAGAUUCUAUAAUUUGUAGAUUUGACUUGCACCAUAAGAUACAAAUGACAAAACUUUUGUCGCUAUCGUAGCUCCGUAGCCCCAGACUUACUGUAGAGUCCAGUCAGCAUCGGUUUUAUUUUUCUUACUUCAAAAGUUGAAAAAAUGUUUGUUCUGCAAACGGCCAGUAGAGAUUUGUGAAAACGUGUCAGUACCCCGCCCGAUGCUCCGAGGGAGCGUUUUUAGUCGCCGCAUCGUAGGAUGUCGUGACGUUGUGUCGUAGUUGGUAGGCAGUAACGCCAGGACGUUCAUCUCCUAGACAACAGAUGUAAAUGUUUUCCGACAUGCCAACAAAAUGUCCGUCACAAAACCUCGCAGCUCCUUGUUUUUUCUAAAGAAUAAUUGUUUGGUUUUUAGUUUGCCUGCAAUCAAACUAUUUGUAGUUGUUGUGAUGAAUGGAAAAAAUGCACUAUGUUAAUCUGUCUGCAGAGGUUUGACGGGAUAUUAGUGACACUGUAUAUUGUUCAUAUGGGUUUAAAGUUUUUCUUUUGUAUUUAUUUUGUAUACAGAUCUUUAUCGCUGUGUUUUACUGGAAAGCUUUUUUUAUUUAUCACGGGUGUCUUUGAUUUUCCUUUUUACAGAUUUUUAUUUAUGGGUUUUAAUUUAAGAAAAAAAGAAAAGUGUACUUAUUUUAAAGUUUCUGAUCAAGACGAAAGGUUUGCUGCUCUUCGGCUUUCUUCAGUGAUGUUUUUUUUCUCUAAUCUGGAUUUAAUAUUUAAUUUAAAAUCAGUCUGAAAUGAUCUGUGUGAGAUGUCAAAUUUCUGUUCUUUUUAUUUUAUUGGUGGUUUUAAGACGAGCAGCAGCAAACAGCCUCGUUUCAUCCUGGAAGAAGCAGCAGCUUCGUACACUUGGUGUUUUCAUUUCCUCGCUGUCCUUCUCUUCUUUUUACUUUUACAGAUAUGUCAUCUGCCACCAAGUUAGUUUUAAAGAUCAUGAUGUGCCUUUUUUUGUGGUUUCAGCUCCCUUCUGUUGGAUGGUUCAUGUCGUUAUCGGGCACCUUCGGGUCCACCGGUACGAUGUGGCAUGUCAGGGUUACUUUAACUCAAAAAACCCCAGCUGACUUUGUUUUUCAGAUUAGUUUCUGUUAAAUUAAACUCAUUUCUCAAUAAAUCGGUUAAAUAAAUCAGUAUAAAUCUUAAGAUUUUUAUUUCAGCUGCUCAGGUUUGGAAACUCGGCAAUGUGAGGAUGAUGUUGAUUUAAACCUUAAAAAGUAAUUAGUUUAACCAGUAAUCAGAUAAUUGCAGCACAUGUAGAUGAAAUGGGUUUUCUGAUUUUUCCAUUGCCUUAAACUGAUUACUCAGCAAAUUGGUGCCUUCGCUCAGCGAAGCACGUGGCCCGACCGGGUUGGAAACAAGGAUGCUUCCACCCAGCCCUCCUAACCGAGCAGCUGCCUCUUUCGUUUGAGUUUGUCCGAAUUAUUUAGCUGUUUGGUUUCCGAGUAUCCAGAACAGAUCACCGUAUCAUCUUUGAAUGUCUACGUCCUAAAAAGCAGCUUUUAUCACAAAAUCCCACACUUGUUUGAAGAGCAGCGGCAACCGUUGUCCAUGCAGGGGGAUAAAAGAAAAUUUAAAAGUGGCAUUUUUGUUUGUUCUCACAGUCCUUGAUGAGUCAGAGGGUACAACUUUAUUUUUAAAUAAACCUUUUUUCUGUGA